GUGUUAGACGCGCUGUUCGUGGGCCAAACGAGUCUUAGAACUCGUCGAAAGGCAUCGCUGCCAUACGUUAGACCGCGACUGUGAGCUGUGCGACUGCUCGCGGCCUGGGCCCUGAACAAGUUUGCCUGGUGCUUGCGUGGUGCCAAAGCUGCAAAAGCUGCGGCACGAGCGCUGCAAAAAUGAUGCGCUUGCUGGGCGCACUGUUAGUCGCUUGCGCGCGCGGCCUCGCACCACCAGAACGGAUCGGCCUCGUGCCGAUGACGGAGCGCCCGACCGCCGAGUUAUGGGCGCUCCUCGACGCGCCGCAAGCUUCGACUGCGGACAACGCGCUCGAAGCUUUGGCAGCGCGCGGUGCCGCCACGAAGUGGCGCAGCGCCGAGCUGCAGCCGCGCUACGCCGUCUCCACGACGCAACUCGAGACCACGACGCGCUGUCGCGGCGACAUCGCCGACGCCGUCGGCGUGCUCGGCGGGUAGCAGUGCACGAAUAUCAAAUAACUGGGUCUGCUCGAUGGCGUAACCGGUUCAUUUCCGCACAGGCGAACAGAGCGUCGAGAAGCUGGCGGUCCUCUUCGCGGGCGUCAUGCUCUCGGCGAUGUUGAGUUCCGUCGCGGCGAACCAGUCCCUCACUUUUUUGCCGGAGAUCUGGCGCUUCGUUAUAGUACAGUUGUUGUGCUUCGCGCCGUACGGCUACCUGAGCCUCGGUUUGGUCUUCCCCGAGGACCUGCAACGGUACGUGGUCAAGCUGUACACGUUUCUGUUCCCGGCGUACCGCGCGCGCCUGAGGCGCCACGAGGCGGGGCAUCUCGUCGCGGGCCACGCGUUGGGUCUCCCGGUCGCUAACGUCAGCGCGAACGCGGCCUACGCCGCCGUCGAAUUUAGAGAUGGACGAAGCGACGUGGCCCAGACGCUGCGACUGCCCAAGGAGGCGGUGGAGCGGCAAAAACCUCGCUACGGCGCCUCUCCCGAAAUGAUAGCUGUGGUGAGCCUGGCGGGGAUCAUGGCGGAAAUUGAUGAGUAUGCCGACGCCGAAGGAGGAGCCGCCGACUUGGCGCAGUUGCAGUCCAUCUUCGACGGCGCGCGCAUGUCCGAGGGCGAUGUUCUGGCCACGACGCGCUGGGCGGCGCUCCAGGCCCAUUUAUUACUGAAGCGGGAGUCGGGCGCGCUCGAGGCCGUCGUCGCGCAUCUGGCGGCCGUCGACGCUAAGGGCGAGACGCCGACGGUGUCGGGCUGCGUCCGGGCCCUCGAGGAGGGUUGUCCGAACGUCUACGAGUCGCGCCGCAAAAACCGCGUCGAGCCGACGCUGCUGGAGCGGCUUUUGGUAAGGCCGCCGCGCCGCGACCUCGACGACCCCGUCGAAUAUGAUAGAUCGGAGGGCUUCGCCGUGCCGUGGACCGAGGACGACGUGCCGACGCUCGCGCUCGGCGUGACGGCGUGCUUCCUCUGGUACGCGCUGACGGUCGGGAUCUGAGUAACUGUGGGUUGUUGUGUUCCGGCUUCCGGCGGUGUGGCGCGUCGUCGAUGGCGUCUGGGUCGAGGGAUAUCUGUUACGUUGCCG